GACGAGUGAGCGAGUGAUCACCAGUGUGUGGAUUCACAUCGAUCGAGUGCGUUGGAUUACUUAUUUUGAGAAUUUACCAGUGAGUGCUAUAUAUCUGUGAUGAUGUCUUGCGUCAAACCAAGACUGAAUCGUAGUCGACGAUCGAUGCUGCGACGAGAGGAAGGGUGUAUCAUGAAAACUCUCACAUACGACGAUUUUGACGAGACCAGUCUACAUACAUCAACACCAUUUGCGGAACAGCCCUCGGAUUUUCUGGAAGUGGAUUUUCCUUCACCAUCACCUGUGGCCAGCCCGAGACCCAGAAGACGGAUUACUAGACCCCGUAGAAUGUCUCCUGUGGCAGUGACUCUUUCUUUCGAGGAUAUGGAAGACGACGAGCAACAAGUGCCCGGUGAAUGUGAUUUUUCCCCGAAAUCGAUUUCCCCACCCCAUCGAAGACUGCGUGCCUUGAGACUGUUCGAUACCCCCCACACACCCAAGUCACUACUUCAAAAAGCACAGAAACAGAAAAUCAAGGAAUCUAGGAAGAAAUCCCCAUCAACAGAAAAAGUAGAAGCUAAUGUCAAUCCCUUCACACCCGGUAACAGACAGAGUGUAGGGACCAAGAGAAACAGAUCGGAUUUCGAAAGGAGUUUAUUAGAUGAGUCAAUGAGUGAUGAAACAGAAGAUAUGGUUGACAUGCCAUCGAACAAGAAAAUUGCCCUACAUGAAAUCAACACAUCCCGCUAUAAUGAAGAGUUCUAUGAAGUCUGCAAGCUUGGUGACGGAGAGUUUGGCAGUGUACACAAGUGUGUUCACAGACUUGAUGGAUGUACCUAUGCCAUUAAGAAGUCGAAGACCCCAGUAGCUGGCAGUGUCUAUGAACGCAAUGCAAUGAAUGAGGUGUACGCCCAUGCCGUCCUAGGAAAGCAUGCUCAUGUUGUGAGAUACUACUCCGCAUGGGCAGAAGACGACCACAUGUUCAUACAGAACGAGUAUUGUAAUGGUGGAAGCUUAGCUGACAUCAUCGAAGACAACCGAAGAUCAGGGGGUCAUCUGAUGGAGUCUGAGCUGCGACAGAUCCUGUACCAGUCCUCCCAAGGGCUCAAGUACAUCCACUCACAGAACCUGGUCCACCUUGACAUCAAGCCUGGCAACAUCUUCAUCCACAGAAACCCCAAGUUCCUAGCCUCACCAGAGAGUGGGAUGGAGUCAUGUGAAGAAGAUGAAGAGCGAGAGGAAGCAGUCACAUACAAAAUAGGUGACCUUGGUCAUGUGACAUCAGUCAGUAACCCUGUGGUAGAGGAUGGCGACUGCAGAUAUCUGUCAAGACAAAUCCUGAAAGAAGACUUCAGCCAUCUGGCAAAAGCUGACAUAUUCUCUCUCGGAUUGACAAUAUUCGAAGCUGCUGUCUGCAAGGAGCUUCCCAAGAAUGGUGAUGUGUGGCAUUCCAUACGUGAUGGCCACCUCCCAAGUCUACCCCAGUACAGUGCAGAGUUCCACAGCCUUCUCCAGAGUAUGGUGUGUCCAGAUCCCCGGGACCGUCCCUCUGCCCAGUCCCUCACAGUGCACCCACUUCUGUGUCCUCAGAUUCAGAUGACCAAGGCACAACUGAGGAAAGAACUGAAUGAGGAGCGAUUCAAGAACCAACUCUUGUCAAUGAAGCUGAUUGAAGCCACCCAAUUCAUGACCCAAGUCAGUCCUCUAGCAGUGCCAGUUGUAGCCAGUGCAAACCGAGUGCUUCCAAGGUCAAGUCGGCUUAUUGGCAACAAGAUGAAGAGAAGCAUGAGUUUAUCUGCAUUUUGAGCGUCAGACCACGCUCUCCCUCCCACGAUGUGAUACUAAUGUGCUCUACUUUUUAUUCUUGGUUCAUCCAAGCCCCAGGCUGUGACUAAAGUGCAAACAAUGACUUCUACAUGUGCCAGAAGAUUGUAUAUAUUAAUAAUGUGGACACAGGUGCUCUUGGUGACUUUUAUGCGAGGAUGGAUGGAUGAAAAAUGUGUGCUGCAGUGGUUCCCGAAACUGAACAGUGAUAAUAAUGGCUGGAAUUUUAUUUCCACGCAUGUGAUAAGCCAGAGGAUGUCUGGGGCCCAGUGCAGAGUUUCUGAACAGACAUUAGUUCACCUCUAAGACUGUUUCCUAUGUAGCAAAGUUCUAAAUUAUGUAUCUUUUCUAUCUGUCAGUUGUCACACUUCUGUAGUAUUUCCUCAUCUUUGCAAUGCCAUUCCGAGUUACGUCAUUUGAUCUGAAUGAAGGUAUUAUGUUCUUGAAACAAAGUUUGUUACGUUUGAUGUAUGGAUUGUUGUAGACAUGGUGCUGUAAAGCUUCACUUGAGGGGAGACAAUGCCCCAAGUAGGCUAUUUACUAUUACUCCAAUCAUGAUUUGUAAUUCUCUUGUCUAGUAGCUGAAUAUUGUUAGGGAAUUAAAUAUGCCAAAGAUGUUAAUGUACAAUUUUUGUAAAUAAACGAAUGACAAGUGUCAAACAAUAAAACGAAAAAAUCAAGAAAUAAAAAAUCAAAGAAAUAA